AUGUCCCGACAUCGCGACAUCGCGGUGUUCCGCUCAUCGCUCUCCAGCUUUCCCCUGUACCCGCUAUGCCGAGAUCCCUGCGUGUAUCCCUGUGUCUAUCGCGAUAUCUCGAUAUCCCCUCACCUUUCUCCUGCUCCCGCCGCCUUUCCCCUCACGGGCACGGUGCUCCUGCGGCCCCGGCUGAUCCGGGGCGCGCUGCCGUUCGGGCUGGCGCGCCGGGAGCUGGCCUGCGAGGGGUACCCGCUGGAGCUGCGCUGCCCCGGCAGCGACGUCGUGCUGGUGGCCGACGCCAACUACGGCCGCACCGACGACAAGAUCUGCGACGCCGACCCCGGGCAGAUGGCGAACGUGCAGUGCUACCUGCCCCAGGCGCACCCCAUCAUGGCCCAGAGGUGCAAUAACCGCACUCAGUGCGUGGUGGUCGCCGGCUCCGACGCCUUCCCCGACCCCUGCCCGGGCACCUACAAAUACCUGGAGGUGCAGUACGACUGCGUGCCCUACAUUUUCGUCUGCCCGGGGGUCCCGCAGCGCGUGGGCCCGGCUCUGUCCACGCACGAGUCCCCGCACCAGGCGGGGGGCUGGUGCCGGGACCCGCUGCAGUCGGGGGACCGGCUCUACGUGCUGCCCUGGGUGCCGUACCGCACCGACACGCUCACCGAGUACGCGUCCUGGGCCGACCUGGUGGGCGCGCGGCCCGCGGCCACGCACCGCCUCCCGCACCGCGCCGACGGCACCGGCUUCGUGGUGUACGACGGCGCCGUCUUCUACAACAAGGAGCGCACCCGCAGCAUCGUCAAGUACGACCUGAGGACGCGCAUCAAGAGCGGCGAGACCGUGGUGGGCGCCGCCAACUAUCACGACACGUCGCCCUACCGCUGGGGCGGCAAGACCGACAUCGACCUGGCGGUGGACGAGGAGGGGCUGUGGGUGAUUUACGCCACCGAGGGCAACGGGGGCCGGCUGGUGGUGAGCCAGCUGAACCCCUACACGCUGCGCCUGGAGGGCACCUGGGAGACGGGCUACGCCAAGCGCGCGGCCUCGGACGCCUUCAUGGCCUGCGGGGUCCUGUACGUGCUGCGCAGCGUUUACCUGGACGACGACACCGAGCACCUGGGCAACGCGCUGGUGUACGCCUUCGACACGCGGCGCGGGCGCGGCGCGGCGCUGGCGCUGCCCUUCCCCAACCCCUACCAGUUCGUGGCGUCCGUGGGCUACAACCCCCGCGACAACCAGCUGUACGUGUGGAACAACCACUUCCUGCUGCGCUACGAGUCCUUGGGGCCCCAAAUAUCUGUGGGGAGCCCCGGUUUGAUUUGGGGGUGCAGCCCCAGGUCCGGGGAGCAGCUGCUCGACAUCCUGGACGCGCAGCUGCAGGCGCUGCGGCCGCUCGAGAGGGAGUCGGCGGGCAAGAACUACAACAAGAUGCACAAGCGGGAGCGAACCUGCAAGGAUUACAUCAAGGCCGUGGUGGAGGCGGUGGAUAACCUGCUGCGGCCGGAGGCUCUGGAGUCGUGGCGGGACAUGAACGGCUCGGAGCAGGCUCCUGUUUCCCAUGGUUUAUUCCCCAUUUCCCAUGGUUUAUUUCCCGUUUCCCAUGGUUUAUUCCCCAUUUCCCGCGUGCUGGAGGUGUCGGUGCUCAACACCGAGGGGCCGCUGCAGGAGCUCGUGUUCCCACAGGAGCUGGGGGGCGAUGGCUCCAUCCAGCUCUCGGCCAGCACGCUCAAACAGAACAGCAGGAACGGGGUGGUGAAGGUCGUCUUCAUCCUGUACAACAACCUGGGGCUGUUCCUGCCCACCGAGAACGCCACCGUGCGCCUGGGGGGGGACGGGGGGCCCCGCGCCCCCCAGCUCGUGGUCAACUCCCAGGUCAUCGCCGCCUCCAUCAACAAAGAGUCCAGCAGGGUCUUCCUGCGGGACCCCGUGGUCUUCACCCUGCCCCACCUGGAGACCAAGAACCACUUUGGGGCCAACUGCUCCUUCUGGAACUACUCGGAGCGCUCGAUGGCCGGGCACUGGUCGAGCCAGGGCUGCCGCCUGCUGCGCUCCAACGGCACCCACAGCUCGUGCGCCUGCAGCCACCUGACCAACUUCGCCCUGCUGAUGGCGCGCACCCAGAGCUUCCCGGGGCGGCUGAACGAGGUGCUGCUGUCGGUGAUCACCUGGGCGGGGAUCCUGGUGGCCCUGCUGUGCCUGGGCCUGUCCAUCUCGGCCUUCUGCUGCCUGCGGGGGCUGCCCUCGGAGCGCACCACCAUCCACAAGAACCUCUGCAUCAGCCUCUUCCUCGCCGAGCUGCUCUUCCUCGUGGGCAUCGACAAGACCCAGUACCAGGUGGCCUGUCCCAUCUUCGCGGGCUUGCUGCACUAUUUUUUCCUGGCGUCGUUCUCGUGGCUGUGCCUGGAGGGGGUUCACCUGUACCUGCUGCUGCUCGAGGUGUUCGACAGCGACCCCGGCCGCCGCAAGUGCUGGCUGCGGGUGGACAAUUAUUUCAUCUGGAGCUUCAUCGGCCCCGUGGCCUAUGAAUGGACCUUCCUCAUCCUCAUUCGUGGGCUUGGGGGGCUCGGGGGUUUGGGGAGGUCUGGGGCAUCUGGGGAUGGACCUUCCUCAUCCUCAUCUGCGGGCUGGGGGUACCCCAGGGGUGUGACGCUGGUGUUCCUGCUGGUCACUCUGCACAAGAUGCUGCGCAGCUCGGCCGCGCUCAAACCCGACUCCAGCCGCCUGGACAGCAUCAGGUCCUGGGCGCUGGGGGCCAUCGCGCUGCUGCUGCUGCUGGGGCUCACCUGGGCCUUCGGGCUGCUCUUCGUCACCCGCGAGUCGCUGCUGACGGCCUCGCUCUUCACCGCCUGCAACGCCCUGCAGGGCACCUUCAUCUUCCUCUUCCACUGCGCCCUCCAGAAAAAGGUCGGAGGGCGCUGGGGGAACUGGGAGGUUGCACCAGGAGCUCAGGAAGUGUUUGUGGCACUGGGGGCACUGGGAGGUUACUGGGAGUUCCAGGGGAUCACUGGUGUGCUACUGGUGUGA